AUGCCAUGUCGCAAUCGCAAUAUGCCUACGCGGCCUCCCCUCCGCAGCCAAGGCAAUAUUCUGGCCACGGCACCAGCAGUGCUUUUAGCAGUUCCGCCAACCCUGACGAGGACUGGACGAAGAUAUCUGACCUUGCUGAGCGUCGACGGAUACAGAAUCGCAUCGCGCAACGCAACUAUCGCAAGAAGCUCAAGAGGCGCCUGGAAGAUCUUGAAAGGCGUGCUGGGGAGGACGGCAACUCAAGCUCCGAGAAGACAACACAACCUAAAGGCACCGCCUCCAAGCGCUCCCAAUCUGCUUCAACGAAAGCACACAAGAAUGCGCCGGAAAGGCAGCUCAGCCAGGGACAAUUUACGCCGCCGAUGA